UCAAUAACCUCUAUGUAUUGCAGCUUGCAGAUGCUCUUGCCUAUAUGGAGAAGGAAAAGUUUAUACAUCGGAACCUUGGGGCACGAAAUGUCAUAGUGGGUGAACAAAACAAGGUGAAGAUAGCAGGCUUUGGUAUGACCAAGUGUGCGGACGAUCCAGAUUUUAAUUUUAGAAGAGGUUUAAAAAUGGCAAUCAAAUGGAUGGCCCCAGAGGUGUUACUGUAUAACAAAUAUAGCACAAAGGCCGACGUGUGGUCAUUUGGUAUUUUAAUGAUGGAAGUAUUUAUGCAUGGGAAAGAACCUUAUGAAGGUAUGUUAUGAUAUGA